AUGACAACAACACCACAUGACUCUGUUCUCUAUCACGGCAAGGUGGAAAAGAUUGGUGCUGAUGGUUCCAGCCUGCCGCGCAGUGUGUUUGUCACACCAUCUGCACUACUUGUCGCUCUUCCCGCUGGUGGUGUUACGCGGACGAUAACGCUUGCGAACAUGAUAGAACUUAGGUUUGUAGAGCGUGAAAUUGGUAGUGGUUUUCGCUGCACAGUGCGGGCACGUAAUGAACCGGUGCUCAUCCUUGACUUUGCCAAUCAUGAUAACAUGAUUCGAUUCACAGAUGCUGUGCGAGGAGCGGCAAGUCAUGUACGUAUGGUUCAUAGUAGUAGUAGUAGUGGUGGUGUUGGUGAUAACCUCCGCGAGAGGCAUAUUACGUUGGAUGUACCCCGUCCUGGGACGAAAGGAGUCCGAUUUGUGGAACCCCCGGAGUUUUCAAGGCCGAGUUCAUCUCCAGCUGUUUCAUCCUUUGCCCCUGGCGUAGGUAGCAGCAGCAACAGCUAUAAUAGCAACAGCAAUAGCAAUAACACCACUACGCAUCACCGUCUCUCAUCUCCCUCUACCUCUGUGAUUCCAAUAGAGCCGCUGGAGGGAGUUGGAACUUCCUCAAGAGAGACGCGACGUGUGGGUCUCUUUGAUCUAUCACCUGAUACCCACAUCUCACCAUUCCGCCGAGAGUCAUUUCUACACGCUUUGGGGAGUCCUAGUGAAAAUAAUGCAUCCAUGCAGACCAAUAGAAGUAUCAAUGGAAGUGGUGGUGGUGGUGGUGGUGAUAGUAGUUAUCACAGGAAAGUAACACCACCAUACAUCAAUAAUACAUCUGUGUUGUAUGAGAAUGAUAUCACUCGCCCAUUAUCACAGCAGCAAUCACCUGCAUCUUGGACUCAGUCCUUGCAAUCACCAGAGCGAACAAGGUUACAGGAAGAUUCACUUAAGGAACUUCGUGCUCAACGGGAUACUACUACAAGUAUACAACAACGCCUUACAACAGAGCUGGAAAUGCGAGAGCAAACUAUAAGUAAAUUAAAGGAUGAAUUACAAGAAAAAAAUGCCUUUAUUGAUGAUCUAAAAUCGGCUCUUCGAUCGCAGGAAAGUGUCUUUCAGGAAAUGCUUAAAACCACUGAACAGCUACGUUUAGCUGAAGGAUCUAGAAAUCAGAUGGAAAAGCAGGUAGAGUUACUUCGAGUAGAAGUAAAACAUCUUGAGAAUCUUCUUAAACAAAAGGAAGAGAGUUAUACGAAAGAAAUGGCAACAAAACUAUCCGAAUUACAUGAGUCACAUUCGAAAGAAGUAGAAUCAUUAAAGGAAGCCUUUGCGCAGUAUGAUGCACAGAUAACCAAUUAUGUAGAAAAUCUUGAGAAGGAAAAGGAUCGUGAGGCACAAAACUGGAAUGAAAAGGAAAGAUUGUUGCAGAAACAGAUAAAGUCUCAACAAGAUGAGAUUACUGAACUCAUGACUGUGUUGGCAUCACAACCUGAAAAGAACUCUUCUGCUACUCUACACCUACCAACAGAAGGGAAAGAAGGUAUUGGAAGGAAAUCAAUACAUGGGUUAUUAUCAUCUCAGGAAAAGCGACAAACACCGCGUCGGUCUCGUCAGACAACACCAGCUGCUUUCACGACACCAGCACUAGAAUUUCGACUGGCGUCAUUAGAAGAAGAGCUUGCGCGCAACCGAUUACGCGAAAAAGUAGGUCGCUAUGCUAAAACUAGAAGGCGAACACUUCAAAGUAGCUCUUUUGUCAAGCGUAAGAAUAAUAAUGAUAAUGAUGAUGAUUCUUAUAACGAUAAUCAUAACAGUGAUACCAAUGAAGAUGAUGGUGAUAUGAAAAGUGAACAUGUUGAUCAUAGAGGUACUCAUACAAAUUCAGGAGUAUCCCCAGGGUCAUCAUCGCGGCGAUUUCAUACACCUCAUGUAGGAGCAAUAACAAGAGGUGAAGAGAAUUCAUCAUUGCCGCUAUCUCCAAAACCUUCACGUGGUACUCGAAAUCGUGCUAUUCUCUAA